UUGGCGCACUCGCGAGCCGUGCGUCGAAAAGUAAACAACACGGCCGCGGUGAGGUUAUGGUUCCGUUGAUAAUAUCUUAAUUUCCCAGUCCUUUAUUCCGGCGAGUGUUUUAUCAAAUGCCUUUGUCUCUUUUCCUCUGAUAACGGGCUCUUUGUGAACUGAACCCCGGUGGUGUUUUCAACGAUUUUUUAUUCGGUUGGCGGCCAGUGUUUUGAACGAGUCCGUGGUGCGCGUUUCUGUCUCGACGAAUACGAGCCGCGUCCGAAGUGAAAGUGAUUACUUCCUGCGUUUCCUGAAUACCUGUAUUAAGCAAGCGAUGAUAUAAUACAAGACCUCGCACAAGGAACCCUGAACCAAGCGAGGACACGAUGCUCCUGAAACUAUACUCGAUUUUCGUCCUUUUGCUGGACAUCACAGCCCUCAUCAUCAAAUCCAUUAUUGCUCUCUUUGAGACACUCUACGGUAAAAUUGUACCCGCCCCGGAGAAGUCUGUCGUAGGAGAGGUCGUCCUCAUUUCAGGGACAGGCCAUGGAAUCGGACGAGAACUUGCAUUCAAAUUCGGCUCUCUGGGGUCGAUAGUCGUGUGUGUGGACAUCAACAAAGAAGGCAACGACGCAACUGCGCAAGAAAUCAUCAAUCGGGGAGGCAAAGCACAUGCGUACAUAUGUGAUGUGUCUAAAAGAGAAGAGGUCCAGAAACUCGGCGAAAAAAUCCGGAGAGAAGUUGGCAAUGUUACCAUUUUAGUCAACAACGCAGGUAUCAUGCCUUGUCAUCCCUACGAAAAAUCAAGUGCUGAAGAAAUUCGUAAAAUUUUUGAUGUCAAUGUUUUCGCACAUUUCUGGAUGUUGGAGACAUUUUUACCCAGUAUGAUUGAAAACAACCAUGGCCACGUAGUAGGAAUCUCAUCCAUUGCUGGAGUUCUUGGUCUAACCAACCUCGUGCCAUACUGUGCAUCCAAAUUUGCUGUCAGAGGAUUAAUGGAAGCUAUUAAUGAAGAAUGCAGGGAAGAUGCACGCAACCUACAAGUCAGAUUCACAACAAUUUACCCAUACAUGGUUGAUACUGGCUUGUGUCAGAAACCAAAAAUCAGGUUCCCAAGUCUUCUUGGAUUACUGCCAGUUCAGGUGGCUGCCGCACAUAUUGUUACUGCCGUCAGACGUAAUGUUGAAGAAACAUCUAUUCCUAGUAGUUUGUUAAUCAUCAACAACCUAUGCAGAUUGCUCCCGAUCAAAGUUUGCAGACUCCUGAAAGAUUUUCUUGACAGUGGUGUUGAAUCUCAUGAUUAAUUUAGAGCUGGUUGUGGCAAAAACUCUACGAAGCUAUGAUUAACAAUUCUUGUUCAUUUCCUAUCAUCGGGAUUUAUGCUGACUACUCCAUCCUGUGCAUCCUUUUUAUUUUUCUAAACCAACAUCAGAACAAAACUAGUAUGUAUUCUUGAAAAUUGAAUACAGGGUAGUCAUGUAAUGAUUCUCAUAUGCAGAGGCAUACGAUUCCCUCUCACGGAAGAUUCCUAAAAAGCAUUCAAAUGAAAUUUUAUGGUAAAAUUUGGUGCUAUUGAUUUUUUUGGAAAAGAGUGAAGGUUUUUUUUUAUGGAAAAGAGGCACCUCAUACACACUUAAGAUUCAGACUCGUUAUUUUUAAUUGUCUGUUACAGGUGUAUUGUGCUCUCUCAGUUUGAAGUUAAAAACUUUUAAUUUAUAUUGAUAAAAUAAUGGAUCAGGAGCGUAAAUAGAAAGUAGUUAGAGUAACACUCUCAAAAAAGUUACAAAAAUAAAAAAAAAAUUCAUGUCCGGAAAAAUUAAAUUUGAGAAUGAUUUGCACAAUAUUCAGGAUGGCUUUAUGUCCAGGGAACCUAGUGAUUCUCAUCCUUUUUUGUGACUUUCAAGGACAUAUCUGCCUAUCUUGAGUGAAAAAAUGUAUGAUUAGGUUUUGUUUUUUCAGUUGUGUUCAAAACGUAAAAAGCCUUGACAAUAUUUUAUGUGCUUCUUUGGCCUCUCAUCGCAGCUUACUUUUUGUUUGCAGAUUCUCAUUUCUCAAAAGUUGAAAGCUUUUUCCUCUGAAUGCUUCUAAAGCAUUCUCCUUUUUCUUUAAUAUAUUGAUCAGGUACGAAUUUCUUAAAUCCAGUGAUCCUUCCAUCUAGGAUAACACGGCUGAAUUAUAAUUUUAGCCUGAAAGUUGUAAAUCUCAUUGAAAAAGACACUAUUUUUUUUUUUUUUAAAUUAAAAGAAGAUCUUCUUCCAUCAUUUACAUUUUUCAAAACUACAUUCAGGCAAAAGUGAUCUGUAAUAUUUUCAUCACAACAACAAACAUUGGAAUUUUAAAUUCUUUCUUACUGCUCGGAAGCAAGUAAGAUCACCAUUCUAUUACCUAUUUAGGUACAGUUUAAUCUGUGAUUCAAAACAUUAAGUAAGUACUUAAUUCUCUUGCACAGAAAUCUUUGAUUUUUGUUUCUAUUAUGUUUCAUAGUCUCUUUUUCUUCCUCCUCCCCCUCUUUUCCUCCAGAACCUGAAAGGUUUUGUAGUCGGAAAUGAUGAACUUUUGUUAUUAUUUCCUUGACUUACCGUAUUUAGUUUGUAAUUUUCCUGUUAGCUUUUUAAUCACUAUGUAAUCAUACUGUCUUUUCAAAUUACGAUUUGAUUUUUCAUUCCUCAGGGUAUCUUCAAAUCUACUGCUAUGACUUAAUGCUGUGAGUACUUAAAUACGUAUUCCUUCAAAAGACUGAAGAAUAGGAUUGCACUCUUGACUUUUCAGUUUUCUUGGGCGGAGAGUAAAAUUAGUUGGAGUAAUGCACUGAGAGUAUUUUUAUCUUGAGCAUCAAGGAAAGAAAAGUCUUUUCUUUCCGUGCUUGUAGUUUUAUUUUUUGUUCAGUGUAUGUACGUUCCAGACUACGAGUCCAUCCUCAAACCUAUAUCACGAUCGCAAGUAUUCGCUCAAGUAAAUGAAUUUUGCCAUGAAGUUUGUCAUAUAGGUUUAUGGAUGGACUCAUAGUCCAAAAUGUACAUACACUGAACAAAAAAUAAAAACACAAGCAUGUAAAGGCAAGACUUUUCUUUUAUUAAUUCCACCAUAAAAUCGAAGUAUUUUAAAAUUCAAUUGUAAGGGGAAAUCACUUAACUUUGUUCACAUCAAAAAAUUGAUCAAUAUUCUUGAAAAUAUUUCGAUCGGAAAUUUGAAGAAGUUUAGAGGAAGCGCAAUUUUGUCCCUGUUUUCUGAAAACUUGAUUUUAAGUCGUUUUUGCUGCUGUUUUUUUGACAGAAUGGUUCAAAUACAAAAAAUAAAUUCUCAUGCACUCAUCUAGAGUUCUACAUUUUUUAGAUAAAUCUUUCGAAAUUUUAAUAUUCUUGAUUGUAGCAAAUCCCAAGACAUGUUAUUCCUCUCGCAGUCAAACAUCGUACUCCAAGAUGUAGUGAUUAAAGGCCUUUUGCCAAUCAUCGAGAGUUAGUGACUUGAAUUUAGGACUCUUUCUUUAUUUACCUUGUUCCAGGUCUAAUUUUUGUUUCAGGAGGCAUUUUAAUGUUUAGGUAUUUAAAAGUUUAAUUUUUUAAGUUAUUAAUUUAUGUAGGAUAUCCAUUAGUUUUAAGAUGCAUCGUCUUUGUAAAUUGAUUCGACAGUAUGAUCUUCACUCAUUGCAUCACUUUUUUAAUUUUUUAUAAAGCAAAUGAUGUUACCAAACGACUAUUCUCAAUAAACCAUAGUUAUAUAAAUAA